AUGGGACGUAAGGAGCAUGGAAGGACUUGGCAUGGACGCAGCUCAACUGGAUACGCAAAGGAAGAAGGAGAAGCCAUCUUGAAGACCAGCUCGACCAUCUACUCGACCAACCGGUCGAGUUCCUCAACUCGACCGGCCAAGCUUCAACUCGAUCGAGCUGAGAAGUCAAAGUCAAACCCGAAAAAUGCGAUUCUCCACAUGGAAGUGAUGGAAAUCGCUGGAAAAUCCACUAAGAGCUCCAAUAACUCUUGCUCUCGAAAUGGAGGUCAAGGGGUUGGAUGGAUUAGUUUGGGCAAUGAUCCUAUGGCCUCCAAGGUGUAUGCGAACUCGAUCGAGACGGUCUACAAAGGACUUGGUCGAGCUAGACUUUACAACGGGUCGAAACAGAGACAAGGGAUUGUUCCACCACCAGUGCAGAACAACAACUUUGAGAUCAAGCUGGGAAUGAUCAACCUUGUUCAGAACAAGAUGUUCCAUGGAUUGCCAAGUGAAGACCCCAUUGACCACCUUGAUGAGUUUGAUAGGCUUUGCGAUUUGACAAAGAUCAAUGGUGUCUCUAAAGAUGCCAUCAAACUGAGACUGUUUCCUAUGUCUCUAGCUGACAAAGCUCACCAAUGGGAGAAGAGCUUGCCCCAUGGCACAAUCACCACUUGGGAUGAAUGCAAGAAGGCCUUUCUUGCUAAAUUUUUCUCCACCGGUCGCACAGCCAAGCUUAGGAGCGAGAUAUCGAGCUUCAUCCAGCGAAACAAUGAGACAUUCGCUGAGGCUUGGGAGAGGUUCAAAAGCUACACAAGUCAGUGCCCACACCAUGGAUUCAACAAUAAAUCACUACUCUCCACUCUUUAUAGGGGUUGCUUGGCAAGAUAUAGGGAGAUGCUGGACACAGCUAGCAAUGGGAACUUCCGCAAUCAAGAUGUGGAUGAUGGCUGGCAGCUUGUGGAGAACAUAGCCAUAUCAACUGAGUGCUAUGGAGAAAAUUAUGAGAGUACAGACUGGAGCUCGACCGCGCACUCGAUCGAGCUGGAAGCACAAAUGAGAAAAGAUAUGCUUGCUCUGAACUCGAAGUUGGACAAACAAAUCCUAGCCCAAUUCCCUGCCAAGCAUGUCAAUUCUGUCUCUGGAAAAGCUCUAGUUAAAGACCAGGAAGGGGAGGAGAACCAACAUGAGGUUUGCUACAUUCAAAAUAGACAAGGAAGGUUUAGGAAUCCUCAGCAAGGAUAUACCAUUGGCUAUGGACAACAAGGGACAUACUCCAGCUAUCCAAACACCUUGCCGCAACAACACCUCAGUGUACCACCAAGCUUCACCCAAUGGCCUAACCAUACCCAACCAAGCCAAGAUUGGGAUAUGAAGGAUAUGCUCAAACAACUCCUACAAGGGCAAGCCAAAGGUUCACUAGAAAUGAACCACAAGUUGCUCGAUCGAGUUGAAGCUUGGCCGGUCGAGUUGAGGAACUCGACCGGUUGGUCGAGUAGACGGUCGAGCUGGUCUUCAAGAUGGCUUCUCCCUUCUUCCUUUGCGUAUCCAGUUGAGCUGCUUCCAUGUGCCAAGUCCCUCCAUGCUCCUUGUCCCAUAUGCUCCAGAAUGCUCCAAAAGACCUAUUUCAAAGGACCAAACAUGCAUAUUGUCCCCCAAAGAACUGGGAGACUAGGUCGUGGUCUGGAGAUGGGAGACGGCCAUCAGGAGCGCUCCACUCGACUGGGUUCGGCUCACUCGAUCGAGCUUGCUCUUGACUCGAUCGAGUUGUGCCUCGAGUUAGCCACUCUCCUUCCUAAAACCUGCUCCUGUGAGACUCAGCCAAGAAAAUCAUAA